AUGGAUAGGUCAUGUGAGUCUAAGCCUAGAAUUCCUUCACCACCUAAAGGCUCACAAGCUAAGAAGAAUAAAGCUCCAUCUACUCCCAAGAUUCUAUCUGGUCUAGUGGUAGCUCUCUUAUGUUCUGGAAAGGGUAGACAGAAUUGGUUAUUGUUGCGGUUCCAGUGUAGAGGAAAUGCAACUGAGUUGUGGGUCUUACCACAGUAUGAGAAUCUCCUUCAGUAG